GGAAGAUCGAAAGUUGGUUCCAUCACCUAAAGUGGCAACCUAUGACUUGCAACCAGAGAUGAGUUGUGAUGGCGUUGCUGAAGAGGUAUACAGGGGGGGGGGGAGUAAACCUAAUCGUAACAGUCGCCACCAUAUCAGUAUACCAUGCAGCGCUAACUUGUGGGAACGGCAGGGGUAGUAUACUUGGAUGCACCAUCUUGCUAAUGUAAAUUUCCCUAGUUCCAGGUCUCUUUUCCAAAAGUCAUUACUCGAUCACACUUCAAACCUAAGAGUAGAUUGAAAGGAGCCGAAUAAUGCUUUCGUCUGGUUAUAAUUUCAUGAACUUAUGGAGGACUGUCGGACUGAAAAGUGAAAGAAAUAAGACUGAAACCCGACUUUUAAACAACUCUGAACCCUAACCAUCAUGGCAACUUAUGAUAAAAUAUAUAUAUCAAAAUACCAUACACUUUGGGUAACACUACUUUAUAUGUUCCUUGCAGGUUUGCGCAGGAAUACGAUGUGGUAAAUAUCCCUUCGUAAUGUGCAACUUUGCAGCUCCAGAUAUGGUUGGGCAUACAGGUCAAUAUGAACCCGCUGUGAAAGCUUGUACCGCUACAGGUAUGCUAUACAAGACACUAGUUGGGAAAUUUGACGGCAGUAACUAUGGUUGAACAAAAACUUAUGUUUUGUUGUUAGACAUGGCAAUUGGUAAAAUCAAAGCAGCCUGUGAGGAGAACGGUUAUAUUUUAUUUAUUACCGCUGACCACGGGAACGCAGAAAAGAUGUAUAGUGAGCAAGGUGGACCUCACACGGCACAUACAAAUUAUAGAGGUAUGGGUUCUAGUUAGUUUGAAGUUUCUCAUGAUAGCCGGUCAAAUGGGGCAAACGCAUGAUUACUUGAGACAUAGAACGAAUGGAACAGACAUAGAGCCAGUUCUUGUGGUGUGGUGGUCACUACGCUUGCCUUCCAAACUGGGAGACCCGGCAGGGUGUUAGCUACAGUCAAAAAUUCCGCGUUAAACGCGUUUUUCCAAAUUACCUUGAGGUCGCAAUUUCCCAAUUUGGGUCAGCCAAAAAAUAGUUAUAGAAAUUCAAUGUUGUUAAUACGCCAUUAUUUAAAAACAUGUUUAUAACUACAUUUGCUCAAAAUUACUCCCAAAUGCGAGAAAUGCUAUUUCAAAGACACAAAAAUUUUAAAAAUAGAGAGGGGGAAACCGCAUGCCCCCAGACCCACAAAGAAAUACCCGGCUUCAGGCUAAAAUAAAUUUCCCAAUUUCAGGUAAACGCGGAUUUUUUUUUACUUCUGGCUAACACCCUGCCCGGGUUCAAUCCUUGGUCUGACCUCUACUCGAAGUCUUAAAUAAUUGAGGAAAAUGUGCUAUUUUUACAUUCACAUCAGUAAAUGGUUAGACUUUCGCGUCUUCUCAGAUAAGGGCGUUAAAACCGUAGGUGUCUCAAAUUCCCAAUCAAUUGUGCAAUAGUCUGUUGGGACAUCCGUUCACCAAUGAGUGAGGAAUUCAAUAAACAAUAAUUGAUAAUAUCGAUACAAUUCUUACCAAUUUGACUAAGGCGUGCUUAUACCCAUUGACAUUUGAAUAAAGUCACUUAAAUGCUUGGUUACCUACAUUAUUCUCCAUUCUUGUAUUAUCAAUUCAGUAGUAACUAGGCAUGACAACGUGUAAACGUUAUUAGAAAGUUUGGACAAGAGAACGAAGUGCGAUGACGAAGCACCCGUUCCGCUCAUUGUAACCAAUAAUUUAUUGGCGUUGUAAUGCCAUUGUAUGUAAUAAAGUAUUGGGUUGUAACUGAAGACAAAACCACAAGCAUUAGACAAAAGUUUUAGUUAUAAAUGUAAUUGGCUUAGCUUGGUCACAGAAUAGGAAGUUAUACCAGAAGCGUAACUCGAGCAAAUAUUUGUCCGCGUUUUUACAAGCGAUUCGUCAUCAAUCACGCCAUCCUGGCUAGUACAACCGGCACUUUGUACCUACCAAAUCCUGAUAAAAACUUCCGACUGUACUAGCCAGGAUGGCGUGGCCUGACGUGAGCGAGUUAAAAUUUUCGUGGACGUCAAACAAUAAGGGAAACGACUAGAGUUACGCUUCUGGUAUAACUUCCUAUUCUGUGGCUUGGUGGAUGGUGGCGAGGCGAGGCGAGGCGGUACGGUAUUUUCCCCGGAGGGGCAGCGGACCGCCGGCUUUAGGGUUAGGGUUAGGGUGUGGGGUUAGAGGUUAGGGGUUAGGGGUUAGAGGUUAGAGGUUAGAGGUUAGGGUUUGGAUUAGGAUUAACGUUUGGAUUAAGGACGAAGACAUACUUGACAAUUUUCGCCAGUCUGCGCAUUAUCGUGCGCAUACCGAGUUUACGGUGAGGGAAUUGGGUAAUUAAGCCUGGUUUACACUAUCAAAGUUUCUGUGAUCACAGUAGGAAUUUUGCAUGGGUAAAUUUUAAGGUUUGAAUGAUUUGUAAGAUUUGUGUUUAAAUCAGUUGCUCAAAAAUGCGGACAUGUUUUUUUCUUCAUUUUAGUUCCACUAAUAAUGAACAACACAGAUCUGAAACUCGCGUGUCCUGGAGAUUAUAACGCUGCACUGUGUGAUGUUGCUACUACAAUACUGGAUGCCAUGGGUAUUGAACUAGCUCCGGAAAUGACUGGACGAUCUUUACUGGCGAAUUAACUCUAAAUUUUGAAUCGAUAGUAUUGCAGAUGUAAUAAUUUUUAUUGAUGCCCUUCGAGGGUAUAUUAUAGAAGCGAUUGAGUGUUUUACAAAA